CCACACAUUUCCUACACAGGCCAACCAGUCAUUUUGUAAACUGAUAGCUAAAAUGGCUCCGAGAAAAAGAAGUGUGGUAUGGACAUUUUUCAGGGUUUUAAAUGAGAAGAAAGUACACUGUUUGUUGUGCAUGGAGAUCGUCGUUUACAACGGGCAUACCACUAACAUGCUCCGGCAUAUGCGUACCAAACACCCGAAAGAGUUCAGCAACGCGGCAACAAACAUCAGGCCAAGCAGUGGGACAGGAGACGAAAGUGAACCGAUGAUUACAAACAGUGGAGACGAAUACACUUCUGGUAUGGUUACAUAUUUGGAGGUAGCGCUGGAGGAGGACCACCCAGUACAGAUCACCACGGUGAAUGAAGCUGACAUAACGAACGCCAUCAACGGAAUCCUGAAGGCGGCGGAGCACCAAGCAGUGGAGGGCCAAAGUGAGGUUGUAACUGCAGAAACCCAGAGCCAUGUGGGGAGUGGUCCCAGUCCAUCGACACGGAAGUGGAGUUCAAUAUGGACUCACUAUGAGCGCCUGGAGGACCAGAAACGAGCUCUGUGUUUAAUAUGCUUGGAGAAAAUUCAGCACCAUAGCAGCACCAGCAAUCUGCAUCGCCACUUGUCCAAGAAGCACCCAGACGCCCAUGCGCGCAUGGAAAGUCACAGCAAGAAACGCCUCUCUAAAGGUGCAUACAGCACCCCUGUCAAAGAGGGCCUAGCCAGGCCCAUGGGGAAGAUGAGAGUGUCAGAGAAAUAUCAAGACAUGUUUGAUGGUGAGGUGCGUGUGUUGGAGCGUGAGCGCGAGCUGACGGAAGCUCUGAGGAAGGCGCAGCAGCAGGAGGCGCGGGCACUGGAGCAGCAGAGGGAACUCCUGGACGCUCUGAGACGAGCCAACACCAGGGAGGCCGCCACCGAGAAGGAGGAGCUGGAGGCUCUGAGACGAGCUCAGGAGCAGGAGGCCCGCGCCCUGAGGAGAGAGAGGGAAGAGGCGCAGAGGGAGAGGGCAGAGGUGCUGGUGGAACGGGAGAGGCUACGAGAGGAGAGGGAGGAGCUGGAGCGUCUACGGAGGGAGGUUGGGGUGGGACGGGGCCAGCUGGAGGAGCAACCCACAGGGCUGUUCCAGGAACAGGGAGUGGUGAUGGCCAAGGAGACUCAUGGUUAGGGGGAUGUGAACCCUCAGAUCGUCAACAGUGACCUGAACCCUGGCUGCCACGUCCCUCAUCCCUUUAUUUCAAAGGAAGGAAGAGGGAGCGGAAGCCUGUCGCAGUUAUCGAGAUGUACAAAUAUUUUGUAACUUUUUUACAGUAUAUAUAAGCCGGUAGUAUGUUCUUGUUUAAGUUAAGGAGGGUCUCUACCUGUGAGUUUUGCCCAUUCAUUCCCCCUGACAAUAAACAAAUGGCUGUGAAAA